UUUAUUUUUUUGCAGUGCAGUCACAGCCACCAGCCGGAGCCACCAGAGCGCAGCGGUGCAGCAGGACUCCCGGCUGCCUCCCAUCACAUCCAGCCUCGCUUUCUGUUUUUUUUUAAUACCCACAAACCCUGCAGCCUCCGGUGCGUUUGGGUCCAUUAUUCCGUCCUCCCCGUGCAGCCAGAGGGCGGAUCCGCUCCCGAGAAGGAGUGGAAGCGGUGGGAGGGCUUUUCUGUGUCCUCGCUGGGUUGGGAACGUUGCAAGAAAACAGUGAGGAAGGAGCCACGCCGCCCACUGAACAGGAGCGCACCGACGAUUUCGCAACCGCCGUUGCCGCCGCUUCUGCUGCUGCUGCCCCGUUUAGACGCACCGUGGAGCGGAGGAGGAGGAGAGCAGACACCCGCUGACAGCCAGCCGAACGGACGGAACCAAACAAAAGAUCCUGGUAUCGCUGCUUUAUUUUUAAUAAUCCUGAACGUCACGACUCAUUGGAUCACGUUGGUUCGGGCCAGUUCCAGUAUGGAUGAAGGGCCAUGUUGCCACCGAGGACCCGUGAUAUCCCUUUGAAGUCGAGGACGGUGGUGGAUCACAAAGCGUCUGGUUCUUCACUCGGAGUUGCCGAGUUUUCCUUCUAGAUUUGUUUCUGCCUUCACCUGCCGCCCAAUGAACCUGUGUGAAAUGGAGACUCUUUCCCAGGAUUCAAUCCUGGAGUGCCAGAUCUGCUUUAACUACUACAGCCCAAGGCGGCGGCCCAAACUCCUGGACUGCCGCCACACCUGCUGCUCGGUUUGUUUGACCCAAAUGCGAAGCAGCCAGAAGGAGAUCCGCUGCCCCUGGUGCCGCGGCGUCACCAAACUCCCGCCGGGUUUGUCCGUCUCCCAGCUGCCGGACGACCCGGACAUCAUCACCGUCAUCGCCAUCCCCCACGCCUCCGAGCACACGCCCGUCUUCAUCCGCCUUCCCAGCAACGGGUGCUACAUGCUGCCGCUGCCCGUCGCCAAGGAGCGGGCGCUGGGAUUGCCGGGGGAGCUCGGGUGCCGCUUCCUUCCCGGCGGCCAGCAGAAGGGCGUGACGGUGGUGACGGUGCCCGAGCAGCAGCCCCUGGGUCUGGCCAUGGGUCUGGAGGGCGUCGGGGUGGGUCUGGAGGGCGGCGAUGGCGAGAGGAGGGUGGCGGGACCGGUGGGAGGUGCCGGGAAGGGAUCCACGUGGUCCGGUGUCUGCACGGUGAUCCUGGUGGCCUGCGUCCUGCUUUUCCUCCUGGGCAUCGUGCUGCACAACAUGUCCUGCAUCUCCAAGCGCUUCACCGUCAUCUCCUGCGGCUGAAGGGAGGCCGAUCGGACCGCUGCGGACCUCCCCUAGAUCCCCCCCACCGGCCCUGCCUCUCCUCAGGGUGGGACUCUGCCGAGGAGAGGGAACUCAACUCACAUCAUGGGCAUUCAAGGAAACUACCGGGCAAAGUAGACGGACACCGAUGACGGACACGAGGGCAGGAAGGAGAUCCACGAUACAAUUACCUUUUUAUUUUUUAAAUGAAGCACUCAAACAUUCACUUCCUGUCUUCAUUUCCUUUCGUUUCCCCUGAAGGAGCGCUUUGUGAAUCACUCCAGAUUUGUUUUCUGGCUGGAAGCCCACAGUGGUUGGAUUGCCUGUUUAGUCUGUGGUUUGUAGAAGUACAUCAUAGUGUUGUUUCGCCGAGUGUGGUGUCUCCAGCUGGACAGACUUGGCUGCUCUCCGUUGUCCGACGCUGCAGGAAUUAACUGUGCAGGAUCCUCGUCUGGUCUGAAUAAUUUCCGAGAGUCAACGCGGCUUUUUGUUUCUUUCUUUUUUUUACGCAACCUGUUCAGAGCAAACUGUUGCUGUGACACGGUUAAGACAAGGGUUGUCAGAAAAUAUGGAUUGUGAUGUUCAUACAUGCCAGCAUAUUGUACAGCUGAACUGCAGACACAAGGUAGUGUUGAGUUGCUUUAAAGUGUGAAUUACUGCUAAAGCCAUCUGUUGAUUGCUUGAUUGUUUUAGUAAAACCGUGUGAUGGUUCCAGCCUCUCAAAUAUCAGGAAUUGCUGCUCUUUCCCCCUCAGUUUUAUAUUGCUGGCUGCACAAAACAAGCAAUCUGAAGCUGUCAAAACAUGCCAUAGUUGCUUUUUUGUGACAGUUUCUUGACUCAACCUUAAUUAAUUAAUAUUUGCAGAAGAAACAUGAUGUUGGUUAAUUGCUAAUUUGCUUUUUUCCAAGGUUUCAUUGAGAAGAUCAACUUCAUACCUGUCUGUUAGCUGCGGAGGAAUUUAACUUAGCCUAGCAUAAAGUGGAAGCUAACUAGGCUCUUUACACAAAUAAAUAAAAACAAACAUUGUCAUUGUCAUUUUACAAAUAUUUUGUAAUAUAUGCUAGCUCCACAUAUAACUCAGCCCAAUACAUAUAUUCCUAAGAUUAAACAAACAAAAUAAAACUGAGCAAUUCGAACUCGCUGGAGCUGUUGAUAGACAUAUUUUUGAAGAUUGACGGGAACCAGACGAGCUUUUUACCAUGCCUCCAGUCUUUAUGCUAAGCUAGGCUAAUGGCUUCCUGGUUCCAGCUGUGAACUCAGGUGUGAGUGCUAUUGAUCUUUUCAUUGAAGCCAACAUGUCAAGAUAUUCCUUUAAAUAGAAAUAAUGCAGGAUCUGACUUUGGGCAAAAGUUUUCACGUGGACUGCGUUGUUGUUUCUAUUUUUUCUUCUUCUUCUGCAGUGCAUCAGUUUUGAGUUUUUCCCAUGGAUGCUUUUCAUUUAGCGCAGUUUGUUCAUCAACUUUUCACCCUGGCCGGCUUCAGACCGUCCUCUGAAGCCGGACCCUCCAGGCCUUCGCCGGCAGCCCACACAUCAUCGACUCCUCGUCUUAAUACCUUCUUAAUUCAGAAUCUGGCGGAUAUAUGGGCUCGGCGGUGUGUGUUCAUGUGUGUGAGGAACGGGUCGGCGUCGGGUCAGGAGUGGGCGUCUGCUUCAGGGUUUCCGUUAAUGAAGGCUGUAUCGAUCUGUGUUUGAAUAUGAGAUGGAUGUUUCUGUUUUUGUUUAGUUUUUUUCACCUUUGUAUGUUGAGGGAAGCGAUUCGUCUGAGUGUACAGCACGCUAACAGGGUGAACUCUUUUGUACAGGAGCCUCGUCGUGUACAGAACGAUUGCGAUUUUCUCGUCUUUUUUUCUGAUAAUUUGCUUUCGUCAACAUGUUUUACUUUGUUGGUGUUCGAGGUUUGAACUGAGGUGAUUAAGAAACGGUUAUUGAGUGCGCUCCAGGUCACAGGGAAAGUUAUUUUUUGCCAUUUAGCACAUAAAGAAAAUGUUCUAUAUAAAUACAUCUAUAAAGUUGUUUAGUUAAAAGUUUAUUCUAGAUUCAAGCUAUGGAUCUUUUAGUCACGAAAGGUCAAGAAAAGGGACGCUUACUGUCGAAAUUUCAUAAAAUUUUCUUCAAUUUUGACUGUAAGCUGCAGAGAAUGUUUGGAUUUACAGGUUUGAAUCAAACAUAUUUGUGCCAUGAUGCAGUUUACGGCUCCCAGCGCUGCAACAUCAGGGUUUGUUUUACAGACGCAGCCAUUUAAGUUCAUCCAGACUGACGGUUGCUAUGACACCGAACUAAAAGAGCUUCUUGCUGGAAGUUUAAAUAUUUUUGGCUCGUGGCACUUAAUGCUCUGUGGCGUCUGUAAAAGUUGUUAAUUUCUCCGUACUUGAAGCUGAAGUGGAUUAAGUCACAGUUAGUCUGUCCACAACUUUAAUUAGAGUUAAAAAGUUAUAAAUAAAGGUUUAUUAACACGUUGUGGACAUUACGUUACGCCAUUAAAACACUGAUUAUUCUAGUUAAGUCGCCAGGUUGUGAAGAUUAGACCUCGAAUGAACCUGGCAACCCAAAAAUCCCCAUUAAUGUUUGACCAUGUAGUUACAAGCAGAUAAAGAACAUUUCCAAGUGUUUAUUAAUACUCAUUUAUACAUUAUGCAAUAAUGAAAGCACAUCUGUCCACUUUGUAUUAAAACUACAGCGUUUUCCUUCCAAAUUUCAAGUACCUAACUAGAUCUAGAUCCGGUGGAAUCCACACGAGACUCUGAAAAGAGCAGUUUAACCCAAAACAGGUGUGUUCAGAUGGUUUUUGAAUUCAUCUGCCAAUGUUUUGAGAUCAGUCUGUUGAAGUUUGUCCACUCGAAAUGCAAGAAAAUAACAACAGCUGUCCUUAUUUUAUCAGUAAAUUAAUCGCAGAUUUGAUUGGAAUCGGUUUCUACCAAGAAAAAGAAUCUUUGGAAACUGUUUGCUAUGUUAUCUGUGCAUUAUAUUAAGAAUUAAAAUAAGAUUCUGCAGCUCAAUUUGGACUUUUAUGAACUGCUGUAAUGGCAGGGUGGCUUAAUGUCAUCAAAACACUAACGAAUAAGUAAGUGUGAACAGCUAAACAAGAAUAACCGAAGUAGGAAGGAAUACUUGGUUAAAUUUGACAUUUUUUGCUGGUCAGACUGAUAGAAAUGUCUUUACUUCAGCCAGUCCAUCAUGAAUAAGGUUCUAAAUCCACCUUUUUACAGUUUGUUUACCCUGAAAGCGUCUGUAGGAUAAAUAAUAUCUUGGAUUAUUGAUCGGGAAGCCGUUAAAAUGCUCCAUUAAUUGGAGGCAGACCCUAGAAAAUGCCGUUAUGCAGAAAUCUAAAGGCUUGUUCCUGCCAUAAUGUUGCUUUUUCAUCGUUUUCAGGAAAGAAAAAUGUCUGGAUCUCCUUCCCGUCCUCUGUAUUAACCGUUUUUCACAUCAGAAACUGCCCUGUUGGACGUUUUUUCUACCUAAGGAGGAGCGUAGACGGAGGGAGGCUUGUCAUGUCUGUGCCUGUGUGUUUGUAAAACGCUGUGAACUUCAUGUUGUAGUUUUCUGUUUGGCGACGACGCCGGCAGCAGCUGUUUUUAGUGAACUAUUAAAGCAAAACGCUCUGAAUCGGA